UUGUCUACCCGGUACAGCAACAUCUGUAAGUAUUCCCGCCACAGUUUUUCUCUGUUCCCUGUAUGCCUCAUUUAUUGUUCAUACCUCCAAAGCUGAAAAAUCGCGAAACAUAAUAAACAGAGAACCCAAUUUUUAUAUCCCAAAUCUAAAAAGUUGCGGUAUCGAUCACAGAGAGCUGCAGAAAAAUGGAGCAAAUGACAGAAUAUGAGCGCAAAAGGCAAGAGAAUAUUGAGCGCAACCAGAAAAUGUUAGCAGCUCUGGGCGUCUAUCACACAGCUCAGGACCUCCGCUCAACCGCCAAAAAGCCAAAGUUGGAGACUAAGGGUUUUAAGAUCUCAAAACGAAAAAGAGAAUCAGAGCCUACGAUUAUCCGAAGAUCCCUGCGCACAAGGGGAAUUUCACCUGAAACCCUCAAGGGUUUAGAAGUGGACAGUCCCUCUUCUAAGCCCUCACACAGAAAAUUCGAUUUAAUCACUCCUGAAGUCCCAGUCUCACAGAAGAAUGGCCCCAUAAGUUUUGCUGAAACUUAUGUAGAACAUGGGGGCAAUGCAUCUAACUCUCAUUGCCUUGGCUGGCUAAAAGAUCUCGCGGAUGAUGUGCCUUUGGUUGAUUUAAAAUUUAGAAAAUCCAGUCAGCUAUCAGAGGGUGGAGGGGCUGACUAUAGCCCGGGAGGCCUAAAGUUGAAGUCUGAGAAUAUAGUUAGGAUUAGCCCUGACAGGAUUUUUUGUGUUGAGUUUUUGCCUUUUAGGGACAAGGUAAUAGUGGUAAGUGGAGAUAAGGAAGGACAUUUAAGCUUGUGGGAUGCAGGUUGCAGCAAAGAAGAAGGAGAUGGGCUUCAUAUAUAUUGUCCUCAUUCUUCUCCCAUAAGUGGCAUUGCAGUCGAUCCCUUUUCUUUAACAAAGGUCAUUUCUUGUAGCUAUGAUGGGUGCAUUCGAGCUAUGGAUGUUGAGAAGGAAGUAUUUGACAUGGUGUACAAGGCCAACGAUUCUAUUUAUGCCAUUUGUUCAUCAUCUAGCUACCAAUCCAUCUAUUUUUCAGAGGGGUAUGGGACAAUGAAGGUGCUGGAUAAGAGAGUAGGAGGUGUUUCAAAUUCAUACUCUUUACAUGAAAAGAGAAUAAAUUCGAUAGAUUUUCACCCUCAGAAGUCACAUGUAGUGUCUACCAGUUCAACUGAUGGCAGGGCAUGCAUAUGGGAUUUGAGAAAGAUGAAAAAGAUUAAUACUGAAAGCUUGGCUACUGUGCAACAUAUGAGAGCAGUGCAUUCGGCUUACUUUUCUCCUGGUGGAGAUAUGCUUGCAACCACAAGCUAUGAUAAUAAGGUGGGAUUGUUGAGUGGACUUGAUUCGGCAAAUACAGAUAUGAUAUAUCAUUACAAUCCUCCACGAAGAUGGAUCUCUUCUUUUAGAGCAAUAUGGGGAUGGGAUGAUCGAUAUCUUUUCAUUGGUAAUUUGGACAGAGGUCUUGAUGCAAUCUGUACAGAAUCAAAAGCAACAACUACUUUAUCAAGCCCAUUGCUUACGACAAUUCCAACUAGAUUGGCUAAGCAUCCAUUCCACUGUGGGACAUUGGCUGGUGGGACUGGAGGUGGUAAGGUUUAUGUUUGGCAAAAGAUGUAGGAGCCUUUUGACAAUGCUCUUGAAGAGCUUGUAAUGGUGAUACUGAACAUAAGAGCUUUAGGUAUUAUGUUUUCAAGAUGUACCAUACACUUGUAUAAAAUACAAGUUCUUUUGGUAAGAAUAGCUGUCUCUAGGAAUGUACAUCAUUUACUGUGGCCAACUUUAUUCAGUACUUAUCUAACCUUUUGUCAAAAAAAAAGAGGCAAUGGGUUACUCUUGUGUUUUUUAUGUUCCGAUAGUUCUAAGGUUAUUGUACAUGAGCAAACCCAGUCAAAUAUACUGUCGGGCAAAUGUGUUAAUAUCUGAGAUUGCGAUGAGAUUGCAGCAUUUGGACUUGCUAUUGCAUUUAGAAAUGUUUGUUGCACAUAUUUAUCAGUUUUUGUACAGGUAUAAAGGGGCAUACAAUUUCUUUCCA